UGAUAAGGACGCCCCAUCGCUCCAUCUCCUCUCGGAUUCCUCACUCUUUGUCCUUCUCCAACAACCUUAUUGUCAUUUCCGAGAUGGGCUGUCAAUAGAAGCCUUCCUACACUAUAUCCUUCAUUCUGUGCUAUAGCGCUGAGUUUUCUAGAGGAGCAUCUGGUCUACUGCUUCCAAGACUCCCCCGGAUAGACACGGGUCCUUAUCUCUCAGCCCGCCAGCUUUCUGUCUCUCCACCACGACUGAGAGACCCUUUGGUUCGACAUAUUCUGUUUAGGGCAUUGUAGUGCCCCUUCGGGAAUCAUGGCGACCAAAGCAAUGAUUCCGUUCCUGGUCACGAUGAUGCUCGUGACCGGUGUCUGCAAUACUAUUCUCAACAAGUAUCAGGAUAUGCAAUGUGUGCGAAACUGUGAUUCUCAGGAUCCUAGCGAUCGCCAUCUCUUUGAGCAGCCUGUUAUUCAAACGAUUCAGAUGUUCAUUGGAGAAAUGGGUUGCUGGCUCGUGGUCCUACUCUCAUAUAUUUACCAAACAUUCAUCUCACCGCGCUUUUCGACUCAAUCAUCCCCCCUUUUAGUCGGUGGCUAUCACCCUGUCGCGGAUAAUGAUGGCGUCGAUGAUGGCGUCGAGGAUAAUGCAGUUGAGGGGGAUGGGUUCCCCAAUGACCCUACAAAGCCUGCGCACGCGCAUGACGAGCGUAUACGGCUACAUGGCUGGAAGAUCUUUCUACUUGCUGCACCAGCAUGCUGUGACAUUGCAGGCACUACCCUUAUGAACGUCGGUCUGCUCUUUGUCGCAGCAAGCAUCUACCAAAUGACACGUGGUGCGCUGGUACUCUUUGUUGGGCUCUUCAGUGUUCUGUUUCUCCACCGGAAACUUUAUUUUUAUCAAUGGGUUGCACUUUUCGUGGUCGUCCUGGGAGUUGCACUGGUUGGCCUUGCAGGUGCCCUCUUUGGUGACAGCCAGAACCACGAUAUCACACGAGAGGAUCCCAUGGCAGCUGUAGCACACAUCUCGAUGCAAGCCCGCGCUCUUGCGAAGACCCCUGAAGCAGUUCAGGCCAUUAUCGGUGUUCUCCUUAUCGCCGCAGCCCAGAUCUUUACUGCCUCGCAAUUCGUGCUGGAAGAAUGGAUCUUGGAACACUAUGCUAUGGAUCCUAUCCAAGUUGUUGGCUGGGAAGGCGUUUUCGGCUUCUCUGUAACUGUCAUCGGAUCGAUCAUCUUAUAUCUGUUCGUGGGCCGCACGGAAGCUGGCCGCUAUGGAUACUUUGAUGUCAAGGAAGGAUGGCAUCAGGUAUUGAGUAACAGAGCUAUCGCUAUCGCCAGUGUCCUGAUUAUGAUCAGUAUUGGUGGCUUCAAUUUCUUCGGCCUCUCCGUUACCCGGUCUGUCUCCGCUACAUCUCGUAGCACGAUUGACACUUGCCGAACACUCUUCAUUUGGCUCGUCUCGUUGGCGCUCGGAUGGGAAUCCUUCAAAUGGCUUCAGGUAGCCGGGUUCGCAUUACUCGUGUAUGGAACCUUCCUUUUUAACGACAUUGUACGCCCACCGCUCAAGGCAUGUCUUCCUCAUGAAGUGAGGGAGAGGGAACUGCUGCUACCAGAGGAACCGAUUGAGCAUAUCUAAAUUUAGAGAACGGGACAUGCUAUUAGCAUCUCAACAUCCCCACACCCAUCGUCUUAGGCUCACAUUAUUUUGCUUAUCUUACUUUUGGAUGCAUGGUUGGUAUAAACUAUUGGCGUUGCAGGCUUUCGAGUCGUCUUUAUUCUGUCUGGCUUUUGGUUUCUAUGAAUGGUCUCAUCUUAUAUAGAUGAACUUGGCUUGCUUUCUCGGACUUUGUAUACAUUUGUACUUGGAUCUUAUCUAUGAACGCUGAAAUAUAAAGGGAGAAGAAUGGAAAAAAUG